AUGUCCGAGCCCAUAGUAUCCCCAUCAUACGACGAUCCUGACGCGGAUGUUGUCCUUCGUUCAUGCGAUAAAGUCGACUUCCGGCUGGACAAGCGCACGCUUCGCAGACAGUCCACCGUCUUCCGCGACAUGUUCACUCUGCCAGACGAACCAUCACAAGGACACGAGCCGCAGAUCGUCGCCGUUACAGAAAGCGCCGCUACGCUCGAAGACCUCCUGCCAUUCAUCUAUCUGGUCGGGGGGCGUCCGGAGGUCCUGGAGCUCAGCCGCCUCCGCGCAGUGCUCACGGCGGCGGACAAAUACGACCUCGCAGUCCUGGACGACACGCUGCAGAACAACCUCAGGCUCCACAUCCCAGCAGAGCCGCUCCGCAUCUAUGCCGUCGCGUACAUGCGGGAGGACGCGGAGCUCGCCCAGACAGCGGCGAGGUGCCUUCUCGCGCACCCUCAGUUCUCAGUCCCCGCCGACCCACCGCCCGAGUAUCACGAGAUCCCCGCCAUCGCAAUCUGGCAGGUGCACAUGUACCGACAGAGGUGUGUCCUCGCUGCGCUGGAGAUCUUCCGGAGCGAGGAACAUAUAAUCUCUCCGCCUCGCGCGGGGCACGCCAUCUCGGUAUCGAGGAAGGGUAACGCCGACACGUCGGGCGCGUGGGUGUGGCUUGCGUGCACAUCGUGCGAUGCCGGAUGGCUGAGUCUCGCGGUUUCCAACAGCGCGACAGGGCGCAGGGACACUGUCCGCCCGCGCGCGUGGUGGCAGAAGUACUUCGACGCCGUCGUGCGGCAGCUGGCUCUGCGCCCCCUCGGGUUUGUUGCGAGCGAUUCCAAGUUAUUGCGGGAGACCAUCGCGGAGGCCUCGAAGUGCACGACAUGCGGGCCGCGGGGUGCGCUGCAGGUGUACGAGUACGCGGAGGCGAUGGCGCGGAGGAUUGACGAGGCCACGUCCAAGAUUUCGAUCGAACUUCCAUUUCAAACUCACCCGAGCUCGGUGGCGACCACAGACCCGGACCUGCUGCCUGAGCCCGAGCUUUCGUUGGGUGAUCUCGGAGACGGUAUAGACGCUGUUGCGUUGCUCUCCUACAACCAUGACCUCGUCGACUACACCUACACUCGCACGUCCUGUUCCACAGCCCACAGCGCCUCGCGCACCGCCUGUGCCGUCUACGCAUCACUUGGGUUUGCCUUCCGCCGGAUCUCGCCUCCCCACCAUGAACUCGCGCGAACAGGGGGUACGCGCAAGUUCAGAGCGGGUACAUCACCCACCGGCGAGGGCACAGCCUGCCGCUCCAGCACAGGCUCCCGGUCUCACCCGGGCUACCUCCGGCGCGCCGGCUCCUCGUACGUCUUCAAACUCUUGUCCCGUCUCCGCGCUGUGCUGACUGCGCUCCCUGGUCAAUACGAUAUCACAACGAUCACACAUAACACACUAUCACGAUGCACAUAA